UAGUGGUCUAGGCAACUUUGGAGUGGUAUAAAAGGCCGCUGGUCAUUGUUUCACAUCAAGUAGCUGCUCCAAAAUGCUGAAAUACACCCUUAUAUUUGCCCUUCUGGUGGUUUUGGCCAGCUGCACUGAAGACGACUUCCAAGCUGUGCUCCUGAAGUCGGAGAAUCACCAGAAUCUAAACGGAGCUGGGGCAUUCCAGCACGAGAUCGGCGUCAGCAAUGGCAUCCAGGUAAAAGCCCAUGGCGAUGUGAAUGGAAUACAGGGCGAAUACUUUUUGCCCGGCGAAGAUGGCAAGCAAAUCCGCGUGACGUACACAGCAGAUGCAACCGGCUUUCAUCCGAAUGUCGAGAAGUGAUCGCGUGACCUUGACUACAUAAUAUAAAAUAUAGAUAUACUUACAAAA